GCCCUGACUAUGUAAAAUUCAAUAUUGAUACUGCAAAUACAGAAAAUUUUAACUCUCACAACCCUGAAACAACAAAUAAUACUAAUUCAAAUAAAGCUCAAUCAUUAUCUAAACAAUUUGUAAAUGAAUUUAAAGACUACAUUAAUGGAAGAUAUUUAUCAGCACUAGAAGCCGCAUAA